CUGCUUCCGGUGUUGCAUUGUAGAGCGCAGGCGGACCUGCGUCUCGGAAAGCGAACGGGGGGAGGAGGAGGAGGAGGAGAAGAAAGGAGGCCGUGCUGCGCGAGGCUGUCAUGGCGACCAGCAUCGAGCAGAUUUUCCGGUCCUUUGUCGUCAGCAAGUUUCGGGAGAUCCAGGAUCAGCAGUUCGGCGGUGGAAAGUUGGGAAGUCAAUACAAUGGGGAAAUAAACUCACCUGAACACACCAGUCCUUCAGAUGACAGCGUUGGAUCCGUUGGGAAUCUGCAGAAUGAUCCACUGGUGCAGAAGAUAGAACAAGUAUUAUCAGAAGUGUUGGGAGCAGAAUCACAGUACAAACCAGAUGGUAGAGAGGAUGUUGUGAGAACUAAAUCACGCUCUGCUAAAAGGGGGUUAUCUGAAGAAGUGCAAGAUGAAAUUCCAAGGAAAAAGUCUAAGAAAGACAAGAAGCAUAAAGAUAAGAAGAAGAAAAAGAAGCGAAAGAAGGAGAAAAAGGAGAAGAAACAUAAAAAACAGUCCAAGGAAUCAAAAGUGAAUCAGAAAGAAUGCAGGGAUUUGCAGCUUGUUUUGCGCUCAAAGCCAGAAAACAUCCGGCUCACAUUAAGUGGAGAUGAUGAUGUGAAUACAGAAUCUGUAUCUGCCUUAAAACAUGCUUCUGUAUCAGUUCAGAAAAAAACUGCAUUUGAAAAUAAAAACUCAGCCAUGCCAAAUUCAGACAGUACCAGUUCAGAUAAUAGCAAACUGGAGACAUCUAAAGAAGAUUCUCAGGCGUUUUCUGAGGUUGAGCUUGCAAGUGAGGGAGAUACUACUAAAGCUACUGGCCACACUAUGAAUUUGUGCAUAGAAGAUCAAUCUUUAAGAAUGGCUGAAGCUGAACAUAAUGCUCUAAAUGUGAUCAAAGAUGGAGUUUUUUAUGUGGAACAAAGUGAAAUCAGUUCAGCAUUGGAGGCAACAGAAAAACAAAAUGUUCCUGAAAACAGUUCACAUUCUAUAGCAGUAGAGCUGGAAGUCUUAGAACCCGGUCUGGAAUCUGACAUAGUAGAGGUUAAAAGUUUGAGUUCUGUUACAAACUCAUUAAAUCAAAGAAGCAUGGAACAAUCAGUAUCAGCCUCACUUGAAAUAUCUGCUUUGCCUCACUUGGAGGCAAGUGGAGAAGCCAAAGAUUCAGUGUCAACCUUGGGAUUUUUGGCUAUGGUUGUAGGGAAAGAUUUUGAAGCGACUUCAGAUUUUUUGAAUAUAGCAAAGGUAAAAGCUCCUGAAAGAAGUCCCAAACAUACUCCACUUGCAGAUAUGAAAGAUGAUUUUGUUCAUGACUCUGGGAGACAUAUCACAAUGCAAGAUUUGCCCAAAGCUCUGCAGUCUGGAGCAGAAGAUCCAGAAGCUGCUCCAGAAUCUCUACAUGUAGUCUCUGAAACAGACUUAAAAGUUGUAGAAGUUGGUGAGCAAAAGUGUAUGAACGCAACUUCUGAUAAUGAGGCGGAAGCAAGAAAAUUAAGAGAAACCCAAGCCUGUGGUUUUAGGAUGGAGUUGAAAGGUUCAGAAAAAUAUCCAAGACAGUUACAAGUUGAAAAAGAUGCAAAAGAUGUUACAGGAACAGCAGAACUGGGAAUUAUGAAUAAGACAGAUCUUGUAAAAUCUGCAACAGAGAAGGAAAAGUUGAAUACUGUUCCAGAACCUUUUAGGGUGGUUGAUUUGAUGGAUAUUGCUCCUCCUCAAGAAUCUGAGGAAGCUGUGAAGGCAAAUAGCUCUCUCAAGACAUCUUUUGAAGCUGUUGUGGAGGAAAAGCAAGAUUCAGGAGUAGCUAAAGAUUCUGAACCUAUGACUGAGGUGAAAAUUCAUGAAAGCAUUUCACAAGCUAAACCUGUUUCAGUGAUUUGUGGUUUAGAAGCAGCUACAGGAAUUACUGAUAUAGCAAAGCCACACAAUCUGGAAGUUUCAAAAUGUGCAAACAAAAUAACUGAGACAAUAAUGAAUCUGAAGAGUAUGAAAACAGUUUCAGAGUCUUCAGUAAUUCUGAAAAAUAUAGAAAGCCCUUCAGAUUCCCAGCAUGUAAACGAAAGGAAUGCAAUGUCACAAGAUGCAAUGUCUGAUGCAAUGUCACAAGAAAAAGAUUUACCAACUGACCUAGAGGAAGGAACAUUAGAGGAGAGAGAUGUGGAUCCUACCUCAGACUCAUUGCAUAUGAUAUUUGCAAAUUAUUCAGAACAAAAUCUAGAACUUCAUACAGAACCGAAGAUCACAAUAAAAUUGAAGAGUCCAGAAUUAGUUCCACAGUCACCACACAUAAUGGAUACAAACAAUUUGGAGUCACAAAAUAUUAAAAAAGUCAAAGAAUCUGAAAUGAUGGCUGGGUUGCAUGAUUUGCAGAAGAAAAUAGAAUGUUUGCACAAAAAUGUGAAAAUAGUGGAAGCAGCAUUGGAACAUAAGACUGUUUCUUACUGGCCUGCAUUACAGGAAAAAGCUUCUGAUACCACUGAGAUUAUGAAGAAGGAUAAUUCAGGUCCAGACAAUUUGCAGAUUUCACCAAAAUAUGAAGAAGUGAAUACUGGCUCUCAAAAAACAACAGGAGAUGAACUGAGAACUGAGAGUGAAAGCCUGUUAUUAACUUCAAAAACUUCAAAGGGGGUUAUUAUAAGUUCAAAAACAGUUCAAGAAUUGGAGGCCAUAGAAGUUCUACAAAGGUUAAAAGAAAGUGAAGGAUCUGUAACAAGUUUUGAUGUGCAUAGUCCCAAGAAAACUCUAGAAUCAUUGCCAACAAAUCUAAAAGCAAAGGAGGUAAAUUUAGAUUCUCUGUAUGAUUUGGAAGUUGAGUGCACGGAAAGAAGUUCAGAAUUCCAGUUUCCAGCUGAAUCAAGUAAUCAAGUACAGAAACAGAAAUCUGAAGAAAGGACAGAAAUGACAGAAUUUGUAAAACCUUCAGAAUCUCUGUAUGUAUCAGAACGAGAUCCGAUUCAAUUUCCAGAAUCUGAGGCGAAUAAUAAGGUUGUACAUUCAGAAUCUGUGCAUCUGGAAGAACCCAGUUCAGAGACUAUCCCCAAAUCGUUCUACGUCAUUCAAGUGAAAAAUUCAGAAACAACGUCAGAAUCUAGAAUUGCUGACGUAAAACACUUGAACAUUGAUUCAGAAUCUACCCUCAAAGCAGGUGUAGAAAUGGGAGAGAAUCUUCCAAAACUUGUGUCAGAAACACAAAAGAAAAAUGAACUCCUUGAAUUACAACAUGUAUCGGUAUUUCAUGAGCCUGAGCCAGUGGUCAGGAGUAAAGCAUCACCCAUUACAAACUUGGAAGCACAUACAGAAAUUCUACAUUUGAAUGAAAAUGAGAAGUUGGGAGUAGCUCCACAAUCUAAAAAAUGUGAAGUGGUUAAGAAAGCAGGAGACGUUCCUUUGUUUACACUAGGUACAGUAGAUAAAAAACCAGUUCCUUCCUUUGUCCAUGAAGAUGAAGAUAAAGAACUAAAAAUUGCCAAAGCAGUUGAAACAGUAGUGACUGUAGAAAAAUCAGAAGGAGCAAAGGAAUCUGUGGACAUAACAAAAGAAACUCUUAAGCCUAUUUCCAUGAUACAGGCAAAAGAUUUAGAAACCUGUCAAAAGGAAACUACUUUGGAAAAGAAGAAAAUGCUUUCUAUGCAUACAGAAUUAUCUCCGAACAUUGAUGCAAGUGGUGCAGAAACAUUUAGAAGACCUGAAUCAACACAGAUUAUAGAAGACUUGUCAAUGGCUGCAGGCAAAGCAGAAGAGAAAGGUUCUGGAAAAGAUACAGGGCAAGAUGUAAAAUUGCUAUUAAAAUAUUCUCAACCAGUUACAGACUCCAUAAUAGUUUCACAGAAGGAGAACUUGACAGAGUUUAAGAUGGAUGUCAAAAUUACAGAGGCAAAUUCUGGUGUUCUAGAUGAAACAGAAAAGAACACUUCAAAAACAACUUUGCAGCUUGAAACAACUUCAAAGCCUCAGUUUAUGUUGGACCCCAUGGAUUUAGAUGACAAUACACAACCUCUGUCAAAAAUAGAAACAAAAGAUUCAGGACAAGUAAACUAUGAAAGAAUGUUGGGAAAAAAGGAUAGCAGUUCUCCAGUGACCACUGCAGCACAACAAAUCACACCACAACUAAAACCUUCGGAAUCAGUCUCAGUCGAAACAGACUCUGCAGGUAUUCUAAAACAUACCUCAGAUUUUACAUCUUCUGGAACUGUUCAAGAGGCAGAAGUGUUAGAAAUAAGUGACUCUCAGAUGCACGUAAAACCAGGAAAUAAUUUAGAAAUAAAGUCAUUUGAAGCCACUUCAGACGCUGACAAUGUUGCACAGAAGACUCCACCAGUUUCUGAGCAGAUUACCGGGAAAUUUUCAGAAUUAGUAUCACAAAAAGUAUACCCAGACAAGAUGAAAGAUCUAGGAACUGUUUUAGAACCCCAAUAUGCUCAACAAAUAAAAUAUUUAGAAUCCUCUUUGUAUAGAGUGGGGGCAACAGAUUUGGAAGGCAGUCAUCUACCUGAAAAAGGUGUUUCAGAAGCUAAUCAACAGUUACCUUUAGCUAGUUUUGGAUCUGUUGUAUCAUCUGUGAUUGUAGAAGCAGUAAAAGAGCCAGAAAAGCAGUUACAGUUAGAACCACAUGUUGAAGAAAAAUGUUCAGAAAUCUCUCUGGAAAGUAUUCACACAUCAGAUGUAAAGGAUGCUUGUGUAGAUGGAGAACAUGCAUCUUUAGUGGGAAAUGAAUGUCCUAAAUCUGUUGCUGAAGUAGCAUAUGUUACAGAUGUCAAAAAUUUAAAUUCAGAAAUGGCCCUAGAGUUAAAAGUUGCAGAAACAUGUUUUGAAUCUGGAAGUGUCCUAACGUCUAUGCACACAAAGCAAUCAAAAGACUUUGAGGCAGCUAACAAAUGUGAAUCUUGCGAGGAGGUAAAAGUUCUUCAAGUUACCCAAACAUCAACAGACGGCAAAGACCAAAUGGCUCUUGAAGGAAUGUCAAAAUCUUUGUUAACCAUAGAUUCAACUUCUGUGCUUUUGUUGGAAGGAAAAACCUCUGAAGGCUCUCUAGAUCCUAUCCAGGGUGUUCAUAUGAAAGAUUCUGUACUACCUUCUGAAUAUGUGCAUACAAAUAGCAAAGAUGUUUCAGAAGAAAAUUUGAGUUGUAUAUGCAGAGCAGAGAUGAAAGCUGUAGAAUCAACUGCAGAACAUGUUACAGAAGCCAGUAGUUCAAAAAUAAUUUCAGAGGUCACUAUAGAAGAGAAACAGUCAGAAACAGCUUCAGAAUCUUUGAGUUCAGUGAAGAAAAAAGAUUUGAGUGGAAUUCCACAGGCCACAGUAGAGGAACAAAAUUCAAAAGCAACUUCAGCUGCAUGCCCAGUAGCUGAAGAGCCCUUGGAACUUGUCCAAGAAAUAAAACUGGAUUUGAGAGUUUCAGAACCAGUUCUGGAGUCUGUGAAUAUGGCAGAGAAGGACUUGAAAUCCAGAGAACAAGUAAUUGUAGAGGCAAAAGACUCAGAAACAAUUCUUAAAUCUAUGCAUGUAACAAAUGAAAAGGAUUUGGAAACAGUUGUACAGGACUCUUUGAAGGAUAAAGAUUCAGAAGCUGUUACAGAGACUGUAGUCAUACUGAAAGAACGUGAAGGAAGCAUUUUGAAAGAAAAGAAAGAUGAGAAAACAAGUAGCAAAAGUAAAGAUAAAAGUAAAAGUAGUAAAAAAGCAAAAAAGAGUAGAUCAAAAUCCCCUUCAAAGUCCAAAAAACAUAAAAAAAAGUCUAGAUCACAUUCUACUACUAGACAGGUAGCCUCAAGAAGAGAACGCUCUAGAAGUAAGCAUGAUUCCCGUUCCAGGAAAAAACGCUCUGUAUCACGUCAUAAAUCCAGAUCAAAAUCUGUUGACAAAAAAGAGGAUAAAGAAUCUUUGAGGUCCAGACGGAGACGAUCGCGAUCGAAGUCUAGAUCGAAAUCUGUAGACAGAAGAGAAACUUCAGUAAGAUCAAGGCGGAGACGUUCUAGGUCUUCUGAUCAUCGCAAGUCUAGAUCAAGAUCUAUUGAUAGAAGAUCAGUUAGAAGAAGAAGAUUGUCAAGGUCCUCUGAUAAACACAAAUCUAGAUCAAGAUCUGUAGAAAGAAGAGAGGCUUUGUUAAGAUCAAGGCGGAGACGGUCCAGAUCUUCUGAUCAACGGAAAUCCAGAUCACGAUCAGCUGACAAAAGAGAUACUGCAGUGAGAGUAAGACGAAGGCGAUCUCAGUCCUUUGAUCGUGGUAGAACUAGAUCCAGAUCACUAGAUAGAAGGGGGUCUUCAGUAAGAACUCGUCGAAGACAGUCUAGAUCCUCUGAUCGUCAUAAAUCAAGGUCCAGAUCAGCUGAUGAUAAACGAGAACCUUCGGUGAGAACAAGACGCAGGCGAUCUAGGUCUCCUGAUACACGCAAGUCUAGAUCAAGAUCUGUUGACAGAAGAGAGACUACUGUAAGGGCAAGGCGCAGGCGAUCUAGGUCCUUUGAUCAGCAGAAAUCUAGGUCCAGGUCACUUGAUAAAAGAGAAAGUUCAUUGAGGAGGAGAAGGAGAUCCAGAUCAUCCGAUAAUCGCAGAACUAAGUCCAGAUCUGUUGACAGAAGGGAAACUUCACUGAGGACAAGGCGAAGACGAUCCAGGUCCUCCGAUAAUCGUAGAUCUAAAUCUAAAUCGGUUGAUAAAAGGGAAACUUCAGUAAGGACGAGGCGAAGACGAUCCAGAUCCUCCGAUAAUCGCAGAUCUAAGUCUAAAUCGGUUGAUAAAAGGGAAACUUCAAGAAGGAGAAGGAGAAGGCGAUCAUCUUCUGAUCGUAAAUCUAGAUCCAAAUCUGCUGAGAAAAGAGAAGCUUCGGUGCAGGCAAAAAGGAAACGUUCCAGAUCUUCUGAUACUCACAAAUCUAGAUCCAAAUCUGUUGAUAAUGUAGAAACUUCAGCAAGAUCAAAGAGGAGACGAUCCAGAUCUGCUGAUCACAAAUCUAGAACCAAAUCUGUUGAAAAAGAAGAGGCUUCACUUAGGUCUAGACAUAGAAAAUCCAAAUCAUCAGAUCGUCGGGUGUCUAAAUCAAAAUCCAGAUCCAAAUCUACUGAAAGAAGAAAAGACAAAGAGUCUUCUGAUGCAUCAACAGAGAAAGUCUCCAGACAGAGAUCAAAGUCCAAAUCUGUUGAAAAAACAGAAGAAGCUGAAUCUUUGGAUAAAUCUACAACUAGUCGUGCAAAAUCCCCUGAACAACGCAAAUCUAGAUCUAGGUCCAAAUCUGUAGAUAAAUCAGGUGAGAGAGAGAAUUUACGAAGAUCAAGGAGUAAAGACUCUAAAUCCCCAGAAAACAGAUCUCGAAGACGUAGAACAGUUUCACGGUCUAAAAGGAAUCGUUCCCGAUCAUUAACACGGAGAAGGCUUUCCAGAUCAAAAUCUGGCCAUCGAUCACGAACACAGUCACGAAGUCGAUCUCCAUCACGUUCAAGACGUUGGAGGAGGACCAGAUCAAGGUCUUUGUCAAGACAACGAUCUUUAUCAAGGGAAAGGCGUAGGAGAGCUCGAAGAAACAGAUCACGAUCUCCUGAUCGGAGGAGGAAGAGGUCUGAUUCAAGAGACAGUUACAGAAUCUCUCUCAGAUUACGGUCCCGAAGUCGAUCACCUGUCCGUUUAGGACGAUCCAGGUCCGCAGUAAGAAGACGAAGCACCAGUAAAUCACCUGAUACCCGAAGAUCCAGAUCUUCUAGCAGAUCACCUAAACGUCUAACUGACUUGGACAAGGCACAACUCCUUGAAAUAGCCAAAGCUAAUGCAGCUGCCAUGUGUGCUAAGGCUGGUGUUCCUCUGCCUCCAAGCCUGAUGCCUGUUGUAACUCCAGAAAAGAAGGAGGAGACUUCUAAGGUUACUUCUAAGACAGCAAAAGAAACAAUAUUGGAACUUACUGAGAAAUGCAAGAAGAUAGCCCAAAGUCAGGAAGAUGAUGUGAUUGUGAAUAAACCUCAUGUAUCUGAUGAAGAGGAAGAGGAACAUCCUUUUAUUAAUCAUCCCUUUAAACUCAAUGAGCCAAAGCCUAUUUUUUUCAACUUAACUACUCCGACUGUAAAGCCACCACCUCCAAAAAACCAGGUUACUUUGACAAAAGAGUUUCCGGUUUCUUCUGGAUCUCAACACAGGAAAAAAGAGGCUGAUAGUGCAUAUGGAGAAUGGGUUCCAGUUGAUAAGGACAAGGAGGAAAAGAAAGAUGAUGUGUUUCCCAACCCAGCUAAUCUGGAGCCUGUAGAUAUUUCAUCAGCUCUGAGCGAGAGGUCUAUAGCCCAGAAAAGGCUUACAGAAAACACAUUUGAUCUAGAGGCAAUGUGCUUGUUAAAUCGUGCACAGGAACGGAUUGAUGCCUGGGCUGAGCUGAAUUCUAUACCAGGCCAUUUUACAGGAAGCACUGGAGCACAGGUCUUGUCUUCAGAACAGUUAUCCAACAGCGGUCCCCAAGCUUGGGUCAAAAAGGAUCAAUUUCUUAGAGCUGCACCAGUAUCUGGAGGAAUGGGAGCCCAGCUCAUGAGGAAAAUGGGAUGGAGAGAAGGAGAAGGCUUGGGCAAAAACAAAGAGGGGAAUAAGGAGCCUAUUUUAGUCGACUUCAAGACUGAUCGGAAAGGCUUGGUUGCAGUGGGAGAAAAGACACAGAAGAGACGUGGGCCUUUCAGUGCAGUGAAAGAUCUUUCAGGCAAACAUCCUGUUUCUGCAUUGCUGGAGGUCUGUAAUAAAAGAAGAUGGUCACCCCCUGUGUUUGUGUUGGUGAAUGACAAUCGGCCUGAAUAUCGCAAAAAUUUUCUUUUUAAGGUGAUGGUCAAUGGAGUUGAACAUAAGCCGACGUUUGUGAGUCCCAACAAGAAGCAUGCGAAAGCCGUGGCCGCGACUGUGGCUCUCCAGGCCUUGGGACUCGUACCAAAGGAUCUCUUGGCUAAUGCCACCAGCUUCAGGAGUGCCUCUGACACCUAGACCAUUGUUUUUAUAAUGAUAUUUCAGAAGUUUUUAUUCUGCAGAAGAGGGGUAUUUUCCCUCCUGUGAUUUUGUAAAUACAUUAGCAGGUUACUGUAAAAACUGUACAGACACCUCCAGGCUUUCUUUUUGUACAUGGGAAAUUUAUUUAAAUCAUUUAUUAGUUUAGGUAUGUAUAUUGUUAGUGAUGUCAUUAUUUCUUAAAUUACUAAAAAUCAAAACAUGACUCUGGAAAUAUCCAUAACUUGUUUUAAAGCGUAGUCUUCAUCUUUCUGUAUGACAUGUAAAUUCUUAGGAUUUUGUACCAUGAUGCAGUUCCCAUAGUUUUGGUAACAUUUGUUAGAGUCAGCAAAAUUGUAUAGUCUCGAGUCUACAACAGCUGGCAGCUAAGGCUACUGUCAGGUCCUAUUUAUCUGCAAAUCAAAAAUAAUGAAUUUGCUGAAGGAUACUGCAAUUACUGUUUCCCUCUUUCAGUAUUUGAUAUCUGGUUCAGGGGGGAAAUCUACAUUUAAAUGAGAAGGAAGCGUAUAGAACAGGACUGAUAAAAAUCGAAACAUAAAAAGGUUGCAUGUUUUGGUACAAGGAACAUGACAUUGCAUUUUCUGUCUCAAACAUAAUGCUUGAUGUUGAUUGUAUACAUUUGGAGUAAACAAAUGUUCAGAUAUAACUGGAUGGGAUGUAGAAUGAUGCUAAUACUGUAUGCAGGCUUGUCAAUAAAGCAGCACAAGUUUCUUCUUA